CCCUGCAUUACAUCCCCAUCCUACCUGCUCCUACACCACCACAUCAACACUUACGUGGCGCGCAUUCAGCAACAAAACAGGGUAGAUAAUCCGACGAAUACGUCGUCGUAUCAUCAUCUCCACGUCCAGCUUGUCAGCUCAACCGGUUUUCCUUUCCAUCUCCGGUGACCCCACUAAGCACACGAUCUUCCAGUAAUUUCUCCCACCCUCCAUUAAAUCAAACCCUUUGAUCUUCAGCUUCCCCAUCAUCAGUUUUCUAAAGAAAUCGUGCUUCGUGAUCUCUGAUUUCGUAUCACAGUCUUACUGAUCGUCUUCGCCGGAGCAAUACGAUGAUGUCCGGUGAUGAUUUAGAAGGCAGGGGAAGAUCGAAGAACAGUACCAGAACUACAGAAAAUUAUCAUUCAUCGUAUGCAGAAAGCUAUUGGACUUCAUGGUUGAUCCCUGUUUUCGUGGUUGUUAAUAUCGCUGUUUUCGUUGUUCUCAUGUACGUCAAUGAUUGCCCUAAACACAAUCGUUCGCGUAUCUAUGGCAAGUGUGUUGCGAGGUUUCUUGGUCGAUUCUCGUUUCAGCCCCUCAGAGAAAACCCUACCUUUGGUGCUUCAGCGAACUCCCUCGAGAAACUGGGAGCUCUUCAAUGGCGGAAAAUCGUGCACGGAAAUCAAGGAUGGAGACUUGUGACCGCUAACUGGUUACACGCCGGAUUGAUUCAUCUAGUCGCUAAUAUGUUAAGCCUCGUCCUCAUCGGCAUUCGCCUUGAACAACAAUUUGGAUUUCUUCGCGUGGGAUUGAUCUAUCUGUUAUCAGGAUUCGGGGGUAGCAUUCUUUCUUCCUUAUUCCUUCAAAACAACAUCUCAGUUGGUGCCUCCGGUGCUCUCUUCGGUUUACUCGGGACAAUGCUCUCCGAACUCAUCACAAACUGGACAAUCUACUCCAACAAGGCUGCAGCGUUGAUAACACUCAUCAUCAUCAUCGUUGUCAAUUUAGCUGUUGGAAUUUUGCCAUUUGUUGACAAUUUUGCCCAUAUCGGUGGAUUCUUGACUGGUUUUCUUCUAGGGUUUGUUUUGCUACCUCGACCUCAAUUUGGGUGGUUAGAAAGACACAAUCUUCCAGCUGAUGUUCGUGUUAGAUCCAAAUACAAGGUUUAUCAGUAUGUGUUUGGUUUGAUUGCGCUAGUUCUUCUUGUUGCAGGAUUUACGAUGGGAUUGGUGAUGUUGUUUCAUGGAGAAAAUGGAUACAAGCAUUGCCAUUGGUGUCGCUAUUUGAAUUGUGUGCCUACUUCAAAAUGGGAGUGUAAUAGUAGUUAGUUCGUAUGUGGUAUAAUAGUGUGUGAAUAGUUGCAUAGUUUUUUUUUUCUUUGAAUUUUAUUGGUUUUGUGUUACAUUUUGUUUAUGAUGUUUGUAUUUUUGUUUAUGGAAUUAUAUAUUUAUUCAUUGUUAGGACA